UUAUAUAAUGGUCACCAGCUGGUUACUGGCUGGCUAACUGACAGCCUACAAGUACAACCUACCACAAAUAUGAUGAGUCACUCAUGUAAAACAGACCAGGGGGUCUAUGAACAAUGGAUCUCCCAUCUAACAAAGACCCUCACCCAAAAUAGUAGGUGUUAUAACAUGGCCCACUUCUAUAGCCUAUAAUGACUCUUGUAACCUUGAACUUUUGAAGGGGGGAAUAUAACCCUGAAAUUACAUUUUCCAUAGUUAGGUUUGACUGGUGAGAGAGUAUGGCCCUGAAGGAGUAUAUCCAUGGCCUGGAUCAUAUUAUUAAGAUGUUGAACUGUGUUUUCAAUGUAAUAUUUCUGCAGCUGUGAUGAAAACAUCCUUAUUUGGGGCAAAGAUAUGGAAACAAAGGGCCCUGAAAGUGGAUGAUGAUGUGACUAGAGAGAUGUUUGUGUUUUAGAUGAGGUAAGGUGAGGGAAGGGAGGAGGAUGUGACAUGGCCAACCAACGAUGCAUGAUAGCUGAGGUAAACAACAGCCACAUCGCAGGUAAACGACGCAGAUUAGAGGACUAUGACUGCCAGGUGAACGAUUCCUGUGACAAAAACAGCAACGGAAUGAUUACAGGAAACAACCAUUUCUUCCCAAUCCGCCGCAGCAAUUGUGUCUUCCACACUGAAGAGUGGAAUCCGACAGGAACCGCCUUGUUUAAGCCACUUUUCGAGGAUCUGCUGAUAAACUCACUCAAACAUGAACAGAUCAGUUGUGGAGAAGGGGAUUUUUUCAUAGCUGACGAUCAAGGGAGCUACUCACAGACUGUCCCAGGUCGGGUGCUGCAUCUGUGGAAGUAUGACAAGCUGGAGAAGAAGCUCUACAUUGCCCGAUCGUUCCUCUUCACCAAUCUACAGGAGUACAUGACUGUCCAGCAGUUUCUACAAAAGUUGUGACUUUGACAUCAGUGCCUGCAGCAACAGCAGCAGCAGCAGUAGCAGCAGCAGCAUAGCAA